AUGAAUAUUGCACCAACAAAAUGUCUCUGGCUAGGUUCAGGCUGGGGUGAGUCCAAUAAAAUUGAGGUCGUGAUCGCCGGUAUCUUGGUUGCGUUAAUUAUUGGGAGCUUUACUUCAAUACCGUGCGUGCCAUUGAUAUCAGAACAAAUUGAUACUCUUAGGCAAGCAUUUUAUUUCUCUGAUUUAGAGUACCGAAAGGAGCAUCUGGGACUCAGGCUUGAAACCAGUAAGUGCCGUAAAAAGGCAUUUACAAUGCUAGAAGACUGCAAAGCCGUCACCAACCCAGAUGAUAAAUACUCAUUUGUAGCACUUUUAGAUAUCGUUUUAACGGAUGCCGGCAAGAGAACAUGCACUGGGACCAUUAUUCACGACACCGUCGUUAUCACAGCCGCACACUGCUUUACCCGAGAACCCGAUGAUGAGAUCCAAGUUGAGCUGACAGCGUGUUUUGUAGUUAUUGGUACAAAGAAGAUGUUCGACACUGGCUACGAACAAUACUUUCCUAUUGAACGGGUCGUUAUUCACCCAAAGUACAAGGGAUGGACCGCUGAUUUGGCUUUAGUAUUCACCUUUGCGAGUAUGGUCUCUGAUAAGCCCGGAAGAACCGUGCCAUUGGUCAGCGAUCAUAUGAAGACGGUUGUGGACGCGAAUGUGACGGUGCUCAGCUGGGGACAUUGUAAGGAUGAAGAUCAGAAUAAGCACACAGCAACUAUACAGCAACUUGAAGAGACAGGAAGCAGUAGCACGUCGCAUGAAGCUGUAGACCAACCUACAACGGAUUUCAAGAACCAAACUUCAGAUUCUUACGAAGACUAUGAGUUAUCGAACUUGGCUACAAAACGCACGUUAACCGACUCCCCAAGUAUAAUGUCAAAAUUGGAUAUUCGUAAACAUAGAAGCGCGUAUCUCCAAACAACAGGCAAUGUAAUGUCGUAUUACAAAAAUAAUUGGCGUAGGAAAAUGGGAGCGCAGGAAGACUCGGGCGCACCGGCCAUGAGACAUGGUCAUAUAGUGGGAGUGACAGUAGGAGGGGCAGAGUUCGACGGUGACCACGUCGCUGUGGCCAUGAAGAUCAGCUGUUUCUGUUCAUGGAUUGCUGAAAACUUACCUGAUGGAGGACCAAGUAUGCAAUGCUGCACAAACUGCUGCGAUAUCCAAAAACAAUCAAUGGAGUAUAGUGGAGAAGCAUUCCAUCAGGCACGAAAGAAGAAAAAGAAGGUUUGA